AUGAAGAUUCAAAAGCUUUUUGCUGUAGUGGCAUCUGCCGCAUGUAUUCCCUCUGCAUUCGCUUUCAGAUUUCUUGUAGGCGUCAAGUAUGCAAAUGUAUCUCCAAGAUUGGUUUGUCGUUAUGUUGCUCUGGACAAUUCGUUCGCAGAUGAAUGCUCAACUCAUGUCAAAUGCGUAGACGGUGAGGGCAUGACCUCAUUUGAAGAUGACCCAGGAUACAGCCGGUCUAACCCCAGCUUCGAGUACCCUCAUAUGAAGCUCUACUUUAAUCCUGAAAACUGGACGCCACGCAUGGUUUACACUGCAGAAUAUGAUUAUCCAUGUGUUUAUUGGGGAACGAAUCCCUCACAACAAAUUGAUAUUUUCAUCUGCGAAAGGGUUGAGCCUGCUAGAACUAUAACCACUACUACUAGCACUACGACGACAACUACUACAACAACUACCACAACGACAACUACUACGACGACAACUACUCCAACUACCAGUACUACGACGACAACUACUCCAACUACUCCAACUACUACUCCAACUACUACUACUACUACUACUACUACUCUGCCUGCAACCGCAACAUGUAUUGGUAACUCCAAGGGCAAGAAGAAGGGUAAUGGCUACAAAGGCUAUUGUUGUCUCUCGCAUCUGGACUGCUACAACAGCUGUGUGAAAGGUGUAUGCGAUGGCCCAGCAUUCCCUUUAUCCACGGCAACCGCUACUUUGCCUGCUGGGUGCGCUAAAGGUCUGCAAGGAAAGAAGAAUGGCAAAGGCACACCUGGACGCUGCUGUUACUCCCAUGCUGACUGCAAGAACAGCUGCAUCAAAGGCAAAUGCAGCUAA